AUGUCUUUCAUACGUACUUUCCUACGUCGUAAUAGAUUCUCUCCAAUCUUCCUACUAUUAUCUAUCCUACUAGUUACAUACAUCCUAAUUUCCUCAUUCCAUCCUCGCACAACGUUGACGGAGAAAGAGCUUCGACAUCUCUCCUUCGCUCCUCUUCCAGUAUUAAUCAAAGCUUAUGACAACCAUCGUCUUUCUCUCCUUCCCACUUUAGACCUAGCAAAAAUUAUCAAAGCUCCUUCUUCUUUCCCUUCCGGUGACUCCACUUUUCCAAUCAAUUCGGAAGAAUAUCAUUCAAGAUUGAGGAAAUUCACUGAUGUAUACCUCUCAAAUUCCCCACAGAAAGUAAAGAAUGGCAUCCAGGACAGUCUUCAUGCAUUACAAAACAGGCUAGCUCCUAGACAAGAAACAUUUCCGAGACAAAUAUGGACAACGAGUAAGGAGAACCCUCCGGAAUUAUGGAGUUUAUGGGGGAAAUUGUUAUCUCUUCCAUUAGGACAAUGGUGGACGCAUAUCGGUGAGAGGAAAGAUGGGCAAAUGCACGGCAAUCAAGAAAGUGAAGAAUGGGAAGAGAAAAAGGUGGACGAUGUUACUAUGGAGAGAUAUAUGAGUGAAUGGACGGGGGUACAGUUUGGUCGGAAGGGAAAGGAGAAGAGUUGGGAAGGUGUUUGGGGGAAAUUGGAAUUUGGAGUUUUGAAAGCUGAUUUAUUUCGGUAUAUGGCACUACUAUGUCAAGGUGGCAUCUAUGCUGAUUCAGAUACAGUAGUGAAACAGCCCAUCACUCAUCCGUAUUUGUGGGGUUACGAUGCUAAGGAUAUCACCCCACCUGAUCUCACGCUUCUUUCUUUACUUCUCGAACACCGACGCCCAUCCACAUCCAAUCCCGCGUUAAUUCUCUCGCGUCGAGAGCAGCUUGACAUCCGUAACCGUUUUUCGUUCAAUGUGUCUUCCGCUUCCGUCACUUCGUCUAUCCCGUCAACAAGUGUGGCGACUAGUACGGACUACAACGGAAAUCACACCUUCCGACAUGUCAAGAGGAUGCCCAUACCUUCCCAAGGACAUAACAUACUUUCUCCUGAGAUCAAUCUGGUAAUCUCCAUCGAGUGGGAUGCCAGUCAGGUAUUUUCCUUAUCGAGGAUCAGACAAUGGUAUUGGGGUAAUAUGCGUCGAGCUUGGGAUCAAAAACAUGGGAGGAGAUUACAAUUUGCGCAAUAUGCGAUGAUUGCAAAACCAUACCACCCUAUCAUGUUAGAUACAAUAGCGACCAUAGUCGAGUUGGUCGAAAGUGGUCGCAUGGCAGAUUUAGGAGCUUAUGGCAUCACGCCCAGAGAUUUAAGGAAUAUUUGGAGACCUGUUAGAGUAGGAGAUGUUUUGAUACUUCAAAACGAAGCUUUCAAUGCUCCCGACGAAGCUUUGGCGGGUCUCAUCGCGCGAGCUAAGAGUUUGUCAGAAGUCGAGGGUGAUCCAUGGGUCUACGGUACAGGAUGGGAAUCAUGGCGUUCAGGAGGAAAGAUGGUUUUGUAUCAUGGCUUACGAGGAUCUGUAAGUCCUCAUUCUUCACACUUCAGGAAACCCUCAAUCCCUUCAUCUCACAAUACGGACUCAUGGUUCUUUCCCUGUCGUAUCCGUUCAGAGACAGUCGGAGGGAGAGUCGCGCUGAGUGUUCAGUGGAAAGGUCAGGGGUGGGGUUGA